UGAAAUCAAACGCUAGAGUCGAACUCAGCUAAAACGCUCAUUUUUAUUGUCCCUCUAUAAUCUGGAUAAUCGGGCGAUUUGCGUCAUUGAUAAGAGUUUCAUACACGCUCAUAGAUGCUUACGAUUAGGUAUAUUCUAUACCUUACUUAGUUAAUCAUAUGUUUGCUCUUUCGGAACUUUUAAUCUGCAGUUUCAGUAUUUUAGCGAUAAGACUCUCUUUGCUUUAUUACCACCAAGCUGAUUUCAGAAUGUCAGCAAAUCAAUUUAAUGAAAAUAUUUACUAUAAGCCAAUCAUUAGGAUACCUAUUAACUGAGACUUUAAUAUCUAUUCUAUGAAUUUCACGUUUAUUUCCAUAAGCUCGCUAAUCUGACAGGACACAAUAUCUGACUUUUGCUGGUGCUCACUGUUGCUAACGGCCUUGAAAUGAAUUAAUAAAGAUGGACAUCAGCGAAGAUGUUUAUGACAGGUUGGCCGUUUACCGAUGCCUAUGACAGUCCUCAGUUUCUUUAUUAGAAUCCAUUUAUCGAACGCCAAUACCACUCACACUUCCUGGUAAUCUUUAAACGUACACCUCUGAGUGGCCCACAUCAAUUCAUCUUAAGUGAAAUUCGCGCAUGCACGGCACUUCUUUGCUUACAGUGAUCGUCAAUAAGAUGUUCAAUUAAUACAAAGGUUUUGAAAAUUAAAAAUUAAAAUCAUGUUUAAAACUCAAUAAAUGUAUGGAAAUAUGCAAUACGGAACUUUUUCGAGAUACCUCUCCCAGUCAUCACCAUAUUUCUCUCUGCAAUGCGCGUCAUCACGAAUAGAGCGAUGAAUUAAGAGAAUCAAGAAAUAGACCGGAUAGAAGUAGACUAAUGGCGUCAAAAAUCCUGCUGGCAAAGUCCAAGCUAAAGCCAUGAUCCAAUCACCAAGGUAAUUUGGAUGUCUGAGAAAUCCCCACCAUCCAGAAAUCAGGAGUUUAGUCCCUCUUUUUGUUUGGAGAAAUUGAAGGUUCUUUGGAUUAUUACCCGUUCGGAAUUCAUUUUUUUCAGCAUUUGAGACGCGGAAGAUAUAAUAUCCUAACAGUAGAAGUGCAACUAUACAGAAUACACCAACCAUACCCAAAUCAUUUGGAUGAUUAGCGAGGAAGCGUGCUUGUAGAGAAUAUGUAAAAGGCACCCAAGUAAGAUCGCCAAAAGCGAGCAUAAAACCAAAGCCAUCGACAACAAUAUCCAUUUGUGUAAGAAUUGAUGACUCGCAAUAGAGUGCAUCAAAGACAUACCACCCUUGGAAUCCAAUUACGAGAAGCAUGGAAUCACUGAUACGACCAUAGUUGGUAUAUUGUUUGCAUACGAGAGACAUAUCAAUAAGCCACCAUAAUAUCAGCCCUGGUCUGAGCUCAUUGAAGGUUUUGAUGUCAAAUGAACCGAUUGAUGGAUUCAGUUCGCGCCCCAGGAAGAAGUCGUGAAUAAGGUUACCAGUGUUCCCACCCAAAGCGAGUAGUCUAUCACCUUUAAAUGAUAUCGCAUAUAGAUAGAUAGCUUGAGCGGUGGACAUUAUUAAGGAAGAAGUAAGCAAUGGGAUCCAGUUAUCAGCAAGAUACGUAAAUCCAUGCGGUCCAGAUUUGAUAAUCUGGAUUAUGGCAAGACCUGUAGCUAAUAGUAGAGUAUUAAAUGCAUUCAUCUUAUACAUUUUGUGAUUUCCAUCUCGUAAUGGUGUACCUUUGACCCAAAUGGAUGGAAUAAUUGCCCAAGCUAUAACAGUGAAAGCAUACCAAGCCAAGUAGACUACGAAUGCUUCUACCUUGAAGAGUGACUGUAAGAAUGAAAGGCUCACGACGUUGUCAAGUUGUGGUUUUUGAAUUAAUCUACAAGUGCCUUCAUCUGUUGAGUUUGGACAUGCGAAAUAUAAAAGAUAAGUAGCAAUUGGUGCAAUAAUUGUAAUUGCACUAGUUCCGAGUGGACCAUAGAAACUAUAUUCUUUGGUUUGAGGAUUGAGUGAGGCAUAAUCUGGAUUUCUUGCUGCUUUGCUCAUGCUUAUGGUCAUGGUUGAUGAGUAAUAGGUUGGACUUUUAGUGUUACAUUACUAUAAUCGUAUGAUGUUGAUCAUAUCAUACGAUUUUGGAAUGUUGAUUUUCUACAAAUACGCAAUCAAAACAGAAUCAAGUCGGCUAAUGUUGGCGCUAACACAAUCUUUACACUAAACUUUAAUAUCUUUGUCAAUUGAGUCAAUUAACUUUCCUUGACAUUUGCCGUCCGCACGGAGUUUUUGCCAAGUCUCUGCGACAUCCAUUGCCGGCCAUGCUUGACGUUUCAAAUGGGCUGAUUUGUGCAUAAGCAAGGGUUUUAUUAGUCACUUAACACUUUUCAUAUAGGCUAAUGAUGGACUCAGCAAAUUCAGUCAAUAUAGCAAUUGAAGAGGACAAAAAGGACAAAUCAUCAGUAUCCUUCUUUGCAUUGUGGAAAUACAGCAAUGGUCUUGAAAAGUUUAUUAAUUUAGUCGCAUUAGUUGCUGCCAUCGGUGCUGGUACAGGGCUCCCUCUAAUGACCAUUGUACUUCGUGAUUUUACUGACUCAUUUGUUGAAUUUGGAUCUGCAAUUCAAUCCUCUCAAGCAAAUAUAGACGAAAUAACACAGAAGUUCAAAACGGAUACAAAUUCAACUGCAAUUUACUUUAUCUAUAUUGCUGUCGGUGUUGCAGUACUCACAUAUAUCUUCCUCUCAGCUUUUGUUAUAACUGGAGAAACAGUAGCUGGUACCGUAAGAAAAGAGUACUUUAAAAGUAUUUUACAUCAAGAUAUUUCAUAUUUCGAUAACAUUGGUGCUGGUGAAAUUGUCGAUAGGAUUCAAGCUCAAACUUUAUUACUUCAAGAUGGUAUAUCACAAAAAGUACCAUUGGUUAUAAUGAGCUGCUCGACGUUUAUAGCAGCUUUCGUUAUUGGUUUUAUUUUGGAGUGGAGAUUGACACUUGUGACAGCAGCAAUUUUUCCGGUUAUCAUGAUAGUUGGAACUGCAUCAGAAAUGUUCUCUUCAAAGUAUCAAUCUAGAGCACUUGAAGGUCAAUCGAAGGCUUCUUCUAUUGCUGAGGAGGCUUUAUCAUCAAUACGAAAUGCUCAUUCACUGAACUACCAAAAGCAGUUAAAUCAAUUGUUUGGUAAACAUGCUUCCGAAGUAAAAAAUAAUAAUCUCCUCAAUGCUAUUGUUUGGGGUAUUUCCAUGAGCGGGUUUUAUUUUACUUCUAACAGUGCUUACGCUUUGGCUUUCUGGUUCGGUAUUACACUUACCAUAUGGGGAUAUACACAAGCUGGUACAGUCAUAGCUGUCUUCUUUUGCGUAGUCAUUGGUUCAUUUGCACUCACAAUGGCACCGACACAUAUGCAAGCAUUCGCUCUGGCUCAAAAUGCUGCUGCGAAUAUCUUUCCAACCAUUGAAGACGAUAAUGCUAUCUCUGCAAGAGCUGAUGAAGGCUUAAGACCAAGUACAGACACACUUUUAGGUCAUAUCGCAUUUGACGCCGUUGACUUUAUUUACCCUAGUCGACCAUCUGUUACUGUCCUUAAAGGUUUUUCUGUGGAUAUACUACCAGGCAAGUCUAUCGCAUUAGUUGGAAGUAGCGGUAGCGGCAAAAGUACUGUAGUAUCAAUUUUAGAGCGAUUCUACAAGCCAAAAUCCGGUUCAGUUACUCUUGAUGGUAAAAGUAUUGACGAUUAUAGUCUAAAAUGGUUACGUUCGCAAAUAGGUUAUGUGGGACAAGAACCGGUUUUAUUUAGUUGCUCAAUUAAAGAGAACGUUGAAUAUGGUCUAAUUGGAACAGAAUUUGAAAAUAAAUCAGCGGAUGUCAAGUUUCAACUUGUGCAAGAAGCAUGCAAAAAAGCAAACGCUCACGAUUUUGUAUGUGAAUUACCUGAAGGUUAUGAAACGGAUGUUGGUAAUCGUGGAUUCCUUCUUUCAGGUGGUCAGAAACAACGAAUCGCUAUCGCUAGAGCUAUAGUAUCUAAUCCGAAAAUUCUCAUACUUGAUGAGGCAACAUCUGCACUAGACACACUAUCUGAAAACGUAGUACAGAAAGCUUUAGAUAAUGCUUCAACCGGAAGAACCACCAUCUCCAUUGCUCAUCGUCUUUCUACAAUCAAAAAUGCUGACUCUAUUCUCGUAAUGAAACAAGGAACAAUUGUUGAGCAAGGUACACAUGAUGAUCUCAUUCAAAUUCAAGAUGGCAUAUAUGCUGGACUUGUAGCAAUGCAAAAUUUGGACCAGGAUUCAAGUAAACCACAGAUGAUAUUACCCAGUCAGGUGCUUUCUAAAGAAGAUGAAAAAGGUAGUGUAUCUUCAGAUAUGAAAGAACUUGUCAGAAAAGACGGUAAUGAAAUCAUUCUGGACACUACAGACAAAAAAUACGGAUUGUUCAGAAUCAUUAUGAGACUAGGAAAGCUUAACCAGAAUGACUGGUUAAUCUAUAUUAUUGCUUUUAUCGCAUGUGCCGGGUCGGGUAUGUGUUAUCCAGUGCUCAGUAUCAUAUUUGGUAGUGCAAUUGAAGUCUUUCAAGCAGAUAACGAUUCAGAUCUUCGUAAUGAUGGCAAUAGACAAGCACUUUUCUUCACGGCUAUUGCAAUUGUUUCAUUCUUUACAUUUGGUAUCUCAAACUGGGGUUGUAUGCAUACAGCAGCAAACCUUUCCUAUAAACUUCGUAUGGCAUCAUUUGAGAAUUUGUUAUUGAAAGAUGUAAGCUACUUCGACAAAAGUGAAAACUCAAUAGGUAAAAUACUUAACUACGUCAGUGAUGGACCACAAAAAAUCAAUAACUUUGCAGGUAUGACUCUCGCCACUAUUCUUUCAAACCUUGUCACAUUGGUCGGAGGUAUGAUUAUUGCUUUAUGUUAUGGUUGGAAAUUAGCCUUGGUUUGCAUCGCAUGUAUACCAUUACUACUUUGUGCAGGAUUUGCACAGCUCUAUUUCGUCGUUCAGAGAGAAGAGCGGAACAAAAAGUCUUACUCCAAGUCAUCAUCUUUAGCUGCUGAAGCUGCAACUGCAAUAAGGACCGUAGCGUCUCUUACUUGUGAAGACUUCUUAAGUAAAAAAUAUGAUGACACAGUCGAUGGUGUUAUAAAAUCAUCCUCACGUAACGCACUAAUAUCACACAUAUUUUAUGCCAUAUCACAGGGCCUUCAGUUCUUAGUUAUGGCUCUUGCAUUUUGGUAUGGUUCACGAUUAUUAGCUAAUUUGGAAUAUACUACAAGGAACUUUUUCAUUGUUCUUAUUUCUGUGAUAUUUGCGUCUAUUGAAGUUGGGAUGGUUAUUUCUUACUGUAGCGACUUAACCAAAAGUAAGAGUGCUGCAGAAGCAGCUCUUAAUAUCAUUGACUAUGAACCACUUAUUGAUACCAAUGCAACUGCAAAAUCUGAAGCAAAUAAUAUAACAGGUCACAUUAGGUUUGAGAAUGUCUUUUUCAAAUACCCUACUCGCCCUGAAGUACAAGUUCUUUCUGGUGUCGACCUCGACGUCAAACCUGGUCAAAUAGCUGCUCUUGUCGGUGCGUCUGGAUGCGGAAAAAGCUCUACUAUUCAAUUACUCGAACGUUUCUAUGAUGUUCAGUUUGGCAAAAUUACGAUAGAUGGGACCGAUAUUCGUGAAUUCAACGUGAAGGAUUAUAGAAAAAACAUUGCACUCGUAUCGCAAGAACCAACGCUUUACAGUGGCUCAAUUCAUUAUAACGUUGCUAUAGGUUCACAAAGCGAAAACGUAAAUGAUGUUUUAGAAAGUGAUGUGAUAGAGGCUUGCAAAGCUGCCAACAUUCACGAUUUUAUCGAGCGUUUACCAGAUGGUUAUAAAACUGAUGUUGGUGGUCGUGGUCUUUCUUUGUCGGGAGGACAAAAACAAAGAAUUGCGAUCGCAAGAGCUUUUAUCAGGAAUCCGAAAAUUUUACUCUUGGAUGAAGCAACAUCGGCCCUUGACUCUGAGUCAGAGAAAGUAGUUCAGAACGCUCUCGAGAUAGCUUCACGUGGCAGGACAACAGUGACUGUUGCACAUAGACUUGCAUCUAUCAAGAAUGCCGAUGUUAUUUACGUCUAUCAUAACGGCGGAAUUGCGGAAAAAGGUACACACUCUGAACUCAUCAGUAAACGUGGAUUCUACUAUGCCAUGUUUAAGGAACAACAGCUUUCCUCCUAAAUUUACCUAAACUAGAUUAAGUUAUGUAAUGCGUCACUUUUACAUGAUCAGAAUUUACGUG